AUGUGGCAAAAUAUUAGAGACUUGCAUGGAAAACUCGAUUUGGCCAAGGUUUACACUCUCGGGCAACAACUCGCCGAAAUCAAUCAAGGUAAUGCAACUGUGACUUUAUAUUUUAACAAACUCUCUUCAAUGUGGCAUGAAUUAGAUGUUGUCGAAGAAAAGCUUGAAGGACCGCCGGCAACUCUCACACAAUUUCAGAGGAUUCGCAAUCAAGAACAACUUAAUCAUUUCCUUUUAGGUCUCAAUGAAGAUUUUCUGGCAUUUCGGACACAGAUCCUUGCCGCAGCUCCACCACCAAAUCUUCGUUAG